UGUGGAAUUGGAAGUCACAAGUGCACGAUGUAGAAUGAUCUUGCCUUUGACCUUGCCGUUCUGUAUGUAUGUUUGUGAAAUGGAAUUGAGUUUUAGUGAACAUGAAGUAUUUAAAGACGACGUAUAUAUAUUUGGAGAAUUACUUCAUAUCUUAAAUUUCCGGAUGGCAAAAGGUGCCGGUGAAGGACGAGUUUUAGCAAAGAAAUGA